AUGUCUCAAGCCUCGGGUUCCAAUGUGACUCUGCCUUCGUCUCUACCAGUCAAGCCAGAUAUAGCCUCCAAUAGCUCUUCAGCGUCAUCAUCAUCGAAACCUCUCAUCUCUCGUAUCUCACUUCCGCAUGGGCUGCCUCAAAAGCCCACAUUCGCCCUACCCACCAGACCUCCUUCGGCAUCCUUACGCUCUAGACCGAUUCAAAAUGAUCGCCCACCACGGUCACGUUCACCGUCACCACGUCGCCGCUCAGCUCAUCACGAUUCUUACAUUCCCCGAUCGCCUCCACGACGACAAGAUGAUUGGGAUCGACGAGACGAUCAUCGACCUGGGCCUAGGGAGGACUGGGGUAUAAAAGAUACCUACAUACCCAGACCGCUGUCUCCUCCAGGAUCUCGUCGACGUAUCUCGGUUGAUCGAGUCUCAAGUCGCAGUCCUGUGAAAGGUCUAUCAUCAUCAUCAGCAUCAGCUGCUAGUCCGGUCCCCCGCGCACCUUCAUCCGAACUGCCCAAGACGUUCUUCACCUUUUCUCAUAAAAAAUCGGAGGAGAAGCAUGCAAGGGAAGAGCAACGUCGUUCAGAGUACGAGCAGAGGAUACGGGAGAAGAGGAAGAGAGACGAUGAGGCGGCAGAGCAAGACAGAAUGGGGCGUCUGGCAGACAGGAGUCAUCCGAGUGAAGCUGUCGAGUCAGCCGAGAUCAAGGACGCCGACGACAGGAGUAACCUUAAGCGAUCAGCAUCCUCGACAACGAUAGAAAGCGGACCGUCCAAAGCCUCUAGGCCCAUACCCACCGGUCCGAAAUCAGCCACCGGUGUCUUUGGUGCACCCACUGGCCCACGGUCACGGUCAGGUCUCAGAGGCAUUAUCGCUUCACCCACUGGAGUCUCUUCAAAGACCCCCACAGGUCCUAGGGCCAUGACCGUUCGAGAAUUGCACUCGACCUCAUCUCCGUCCGAGUUGGCUUUACCCUCACAGCCGCAAACGAGUCCGGGACCAGGGACUCUGCAAGUUUUGGAAGGACCGAUCAAGGACAGGGAGGCUAUCAUGUCCGCCAACGCGGACUUGCAACUCGAUCAGGCUCAGCUGCAGAGUCCGCGCUCGUCAUUAUUCGACCGAAUGAGUCAUGAAGGCCAAACGCCCCAGUUCAGCGUCUUGUGGGGCCGAAUCGAUGGCAAGCGCAUCGCGAGGGCGACAGUCAAUAUCAGAGGUAAAUGUCGAAUUGUAUGUACCGGUGAUGGUCAAGAUGCAAAAGAUGCGUAUGAGGCAUCUGCCUUGGCAGCUCAUUAUGAGCUUACACGACGCGAGAUGUCUGGCGCUACUCCUCCCGUCGCCGGCUCUGCGAGCCCCCAAGACCCAGUCCACAUCGUCGAGGAUUCAGAAGCCGCCGAGUCAGAAUUCGUGACAGACUCCGAUGUCGAGACGUCGGCUAUUGACACAAAGAGACUUAGCAAUGGAAUCGUCAUUCAAUUACCAAGGGCAAAGAAAUUCAUGGCAUACUACUGUGAACGAUAUCAAUUCGACCCUCCGUCCAUCGAAAUCGUCGGAUCUCCACCAAAUUGUGAGGCUAUCAUGUCCGUCGGUGGCCGGACGAUCGGCAUGGGUACUGGUACAUCUCCUGAACAAGCCCAGCAAAACUCGUAUCUCGAUGUCGUCCAGUAUCUCGAAUUGUGUGACCCCAGGCUGUGGACAGAUUUCCGAGAGGAGGAGCGUCGGAAUGCCCUGCCAAGCUUGGUGUUCCAAAUCAGCGAGCAGCUGAACGAAGACAUCUACGGUCUCUGCUCGGAUAUCACACAGUCCAAGCUGCACCGAAAAGCUCCAGCCGAUGGAUCAUUACAGCCUGACGCGAUCAAUCAGAACCCAGCCCAAACCUCACAAAAUGCCAUAGGGGAUAUUCAACAAAUCUCCAUCGAGAUGAAGAGUAAACUCGAUGAGUAUCGCGAGGAUCCAACGUGGGAGGAGAUGCGCACUCAACGAAAGGGGUUGCCGAUCUAUACGAAGGCAAAGCAGAUCAUGGACAGGAUCAGUGAAGACGAUGUGACGGUGCUAGUAGCUGCGACUGGCUCCGGUAAAACAACUCAGAUCCCCCAAAUGAUCCUGGACGAUUACAUUGAUCGAGGUCAAGGUGCCGAGUGCAAUAUCUUGUGUACGCAGCCACGAAGGUUAGCAGCGAGAUCCGUUGCUGAGCGAGUGGCAGCCGAGCGAGGCCAAAGGUUGGGUAAACAAGUUGGCUAUCAAGUUCGAUUUGACGCCAAACUUCCGCAACCUCGUGGCUCCAUCACAUACAUGACCACGGGGAUUCUGCACAGGAGGCUACAGGCGAUGAGGGAUACAAAUAGUGACCUAGAGCACACAACGCACAUCAUCGUCGAUGAAGCACACGAACGAGAUAUCGACACCGACCUCUUGCUGGCCGUCCUCAAGAGGUUCAUGGCAGAGCGAAAAGCGCGGGGCAAGCCGCUCAAGCUCAUUUUGAUGUCUGCAACCAUCGACCCCACUUUGUUUCAACAGUACUUUGCCACUCCAGAAGGCCCAGCUCGCGUGACUGAAGUGCCGGGAAGAAGUUUUCCGGUCGAACGACACCUAUUGGACGAGAUCGUCCCCCGUCUCAAACGAUAUACCGAGGCCCAGUGGGUAUUUCGGGACCCAUUGGUAUUCGAAUACCUCUUACGGGAGCUGUCGGAUGAUCGUGCACUGUUUGUCGAGGACACCGAGGUGCCUCUGCCUUUACCGCUGGUAGCGCUCACAGUAGCGCACAUUCUCAAACAGUCUACUGAAGGUCACAUCCUGGUCUUCUUACCCGGUCUCGAGGAAAUCAAAAAGACCCGCAUGCUCUUGCAAACUCAGCAUUUCGUCAACGGAGUCAAUUUUGAGGAUCCCAAAUACAGUAUCCACUUUUUGCAUUCGGCGGUUCCUGCAGAGGAACAGCAGAAAGUCUUUGAGCCCGUCCCAGAGGGAAGAAGACGAAUCAUCUUGGCGACCAACAUCGCAGAAACCAGUGUGACCAUUCCAGAUGUGGUCUAUGUCGUUGAUGGAGGUAGACUCAGGGAGAAUCGAUACGACCCCGUCUCGUCCCUCUCAUCUCUGGUCCUGGCUUGGGUCAGCAAAUCACAUCUCGAUCAACGAGCUGGUCGUGCGGGCCGACAUCGACCCGGGGAAUAUUUCAGUGUGAUCUCAAAGCUCCGACUAGAGUCGCUCGGCUCUCAUCAAUUGGUGGAGAUGAAGAGAGAGAAUCUGACCAAUGUGGUGAUGCAUGUCAACGCCUUGAACAUUGGAGCCGUUCAUGACAUCUUGGGCGAGACCAUCGAGCCACCUGCUCCCGAUCGAGUAGCCGCGGCGAUCAAAUCUCUGCAGCAACUGGGAGUCCUGGAUAAGAACGAGAGACUAACGUCGCUCGGCCGAGUUCUGCAACGACUUCCGAUCGAUGCGGCAGUUGGCAAGCUCUUACUCUACGGAGCCAUGUUCCGAUGUCUUGACUCGGCUCUUACUCUUUCUGCCGUCAUGAGUCUGGGCAGUCCAUUCAUGGUCCCUCUUGAUCGCAGAUCAGAAGUCCGAAAAAUUCACAACUCCUUCUCCCCAUCUGCAUUCAAAUCCGACCUGCUUGCGGGUCUCAUGGCAUACAACAAGUGGCGCGAGAUCGAGGAGCGCAAUUGGGAUGAGGCAUGCGAGUAUUGCAAAUCUAGUUCACUCAAAAUUGGCGCCAUGAUCGACAUUCGCAACAUGCGGGAUUCCCUGUUGAGGGCGCUCUCCGACAGCGGCAUAUUGGCGGUCUCUGAUGGCAGACUACUACAGCGAAUCCACAAGUACAACGGUCGACCAAACGUACCCCCUCAUUUGAACAUACACAACGACUCUCUACCUUUGCUUGCAGCAUUGAUCUGUCUGGCCUCGGCACCCAACUUUGCGAUUCAAAAGUCGCCAUCUUUGUAUCGAACGGCAAACGAUAAGCAUCUCAUCAUCUCCAAUGGCUCAGUCAACCGCAAGACACGAGAAACUGGGCAAUCAGACAAAUCUCCAGCGUCUCCGAUUGUCAACGAGAAGCGGCUGUAUGCUUUCACUGUCAAAGCCUCUCUCCCUUCAGAAGAAGGGGCUUCGGGCAAAUCAAGUGCGAACAAGAAAGCCCGUUCUGCCACCAGUGUCCUUCGUCAGGUCUCACGUAUCGACCCUUUGACCUAUUUGCUCUUUGGAGCCUACGAUCUGGUACAUGACGGCAAGAGCUUGCUUUGCGAUUCCUGGCUAGCAGUCACCGGCAAUCCAUAUACUCUCAGUGACAUCGUCAAGCUCAGGUCACUGAUAGACACUUGCAUGUUGCGAGUAUUCGAGGGACUCGGCCACAGUCUGAUCAUGGAUCGGGAUUCUCGGCGACGAGAAAUACAGCAAAGGAUCCAGCUUCCGAGGAGCACUUCACCAAACAUCUCGAGUGACGAUGAAAAAGAUGCGGAUGUAACCCAGGAGGACGAAGCAGAGGAAGAGCAAGUCAGACAGAUAUUGACUUUGGAGCCGGACGAGAUCAGAGAAUUGCAAUUAUUGACCGCGGAUGUGGUGAGGAUCUUGGAUGCCUAUGCUGAGGAACGGGAAGGAGACAAGAUUUACGCGUCGUCACAUGAAUAUGGCCCGGAGCUAGACGACGACUUGAGGGAGCAGGAAGCCGUCAUGAUAUGA